AAAACCGGACGCCCCUCGCCUAUCCACUCUUCAUUCGGGCUCCUGUGUGGUGGCCGAACUCUGGACGCAUCCCUGCUGCCAUCAUGAAGACCUACAGUCAGGUCUCUGUUUUUGUCUUAUUGGUUGCGAUCGCGCACACGUCACAAGGAUCUUCCUUUUCACCACCUAGAGGACCUCCGGGCUGGAAACUUCCAUGCGUACCACAAGAGUGCCCACCGUGCCCAUAUGAUGAUGAGUGUCCGAAGUGCGGUGGAUUCCCGGUGUGUCACGAGGUGUGCACCGAUAUUAGUAUAUCAUGUGAAUGCGGCUACCAUAGCUGCGAAUGUCCGCGGCCUGUGUGUGAGCCGUGCGAAAGUCCCAUCGCCGAGUUGAUCAAAAAGGGAGGCUAUAAAGGAUAAAGAGAACGAAGGCGCAGCAUCCCUUCUGAACUGAAGAGAGAGAGAGAGAGAGAGAGAGAGAGAGAGAGAGAGAGAGAGAGAGAGAGAGAGAGAGAGAGAGAGAGAGAGAGAGAGAGAGAGAGAGAGAGAGAGAGUAGAACGUAAGAUGGGAAAAAAGGAGAAAUGUUUCUCGAAAUAGUUCAAGAAUCAACAAAUUACUUCGACGCUGACUGUUUUUUUUCUUACUAUUUUUCUCUUUAUGUUAACGGUCCAGCACCGCAAGAUUUAGCCAUAGUUCUCUUGAUGGCAAUUCUGUAAUUAAUGUUCAGUCAGUGGUUCUUCCUUCUGUCGUGUCGCUGAUUCAAAUUAUCAGAUUUUAUGUGUGGCUGUUCCAGAAGAUCAAUAAAUAUUCUUUGUAUUUGUAUACACCAUUUCGACUAUGUACAUUAUGUGUUUUGUCUCAGUCAAUAAAACAGAUUUUCGUUUAAGAAA